AUGGCUGCUCCCCCGAUCCGCGAGGGCAUUCGCACGCGCUCGGCUGCCAAGCAGGCGCAAGCCACAGCCGCCCAGACACCUGUCACGCCGCCUCCUACUGAGAGCAAGUAUGCUCACGGCUACUGCAAGCCGGAUCUACGCGACCCGCAGAUCGUCGGCGGCGGCAAGGAGCGCGCGGUCGUGCAGUACAUGCCCGGCAUCGUCAUCUCCGAGCAGGGGCGCGAGCGCGACAAGGCUAUGGACAGCCACUACGAAUACGAGUUUGGCGGUCCCUGGGGUGUGACGGCCAUGAUCACGCUCUUCCCCAUGCUCAUGUACUACCUGUGGAUUUGCCUGUGGUUCUACGAUGGGCAGUUUGCGCACCCCCAGAGCCUGCGGGAUGUGAUUCCCUUCUUCCAGCGCAUGGCGCACCAUGUGUAUGAGGAUGCGUUCCCUACGUCGCGUGCGUUCAUCGGCUACGGGGGGCUUAUGCUGGUCGAGUUUGUCCUUGCGUGGGUGAUGCCCGGCUACAUGCAGGAGGGUCUCCCGGUGCCGUCCCUUGGAUACAAGACACUCAUGUACAAGUGUAAUGCGCUCGGAUGCCUCUACGUAACGCUGAUCAUUGCCGCUACGCUGCACGUCACGGGCGUGUACCGCUUGACGCAGAUCAUCGAGCACUUUGGCGAGUACAUGACAGUGAGUAUGAUUGCAGGCUUUGCGGUAAGUUUCGCCACCUACUUCCACGCCGUGAUCACCAAGACGACGCACCGAAUGAGCGGCAACUUUGUGUACGACUUCUUCAUGGGUGCCGCGCUGAACCCUCGUAUCGGCCCGAUCGACCUCAAGAUGUGGGCCGAGGUGCGCAUUCCCUGGAUUCUGCUUUUCCUCAUCAGCGUGAGCGGUGCAUGCCAGCAGUACGAGAAGUACGGAUACGUGACACCGAACAUGGCAUUCAUGGUGUUGGCAACGGGUCUGUACAUCAACGCGUGCGCCAAGGGCGAGGAGUGCAUUCCCCAGACGUGGGACAUGUUCCACGAAAAGUGGGGCUUCAUGGUCAUCUUCUGGAACUUUGCUGGUGUGCCGUUCACGUACUGCUACAGCAUCGUGUACAUGGCGGCGCACCCACCGGAAUACUACCGCUUCUCGACGCCAACGUACGUGUUCAUGUUCUCGCUGCUGCUCUUUGCGCACUUUGUCUUUGACUCGUCCAUGGCCCAAAAGUCGCGCUUCCGCAUGCAGCUGCAGGGCACGCUCAAGGUGCGCUGGUCGUUCCCGCAGUGGCCCUGGAACACGCUGAAGGACCCACGCUACCUGCAGACAAGGCACGGCAAUGCGCUGCUCAUCGAUGGCUGGUGGCAGUUCCUGCGCAAGCCCAACUACACGGCGGACUGGACGCAGGCCUUCUUGUGGGGCGCCAUCGCCGGCACACGCUCGAUCAUUCCCUACUACUACUCAGCCUUUUUCCUUGCCGUGCUCACGCAUCGCUGUGGCCGUGACUUCGAGCGCUGCGCCCGCAAGUACGGCAAGGACUGGGACAAGUACUGCCAAAUCGUGCCGUACCGCUUCAUUCCGUUCGUGUAUUAA